AUGCGGACGGACGGGGUGCCGGACCCGUGCUCGCUGCUGGACCUCCCUCAGGGCGUCCUCCAGGACAUCGCCGAACGCCUGGAGCGCCCCGAGCGCAUCGCCUUCGCGAGCUGCGCCCGUCAGUGCAUGCCUCACGUGCUCGCAGCGCCGCUUGCCUGUCUGCGCAUCCCGCAAUCGGGCACCAGCCUCCUGGACGACGAGCGGCUCCGGGCGGCGUGCAAGGGCGCUGUCGUGAGCGUCCUUGACGUCGGCGUCGAUAUCGAUCAUCUUGACGCCCUACACCGUGCGGCGGCGGAGGGACAACGCGAUGCCGCGGCGGUGAUGCAGUUCCUGAUCCUCCAGGACGCGAUCCGGCGGCUCAAACUCGCGUGCAACGACGUCACGGUCGUCCCAGAAGGGCUCUCACAUCUCCAGUGGCUCGACCUGACGCAGUGCCGCCUGUCUCCCAUCGGCUUCCUCCCGCCGAGCAGCCUGGCGGAUCUUCGCGUGUUGAAACUCAACCGAACGCCGAUCACCGCGCUUCCGGAGGGCCUCGUCUCCCUGGAGCGCCUCGAGAUCUCUACGUGCAUCGACCUCCACUUCCCGCUCCCGGAGUCGAGCACGCGGCGGCUGCGCUCGCUCGAAACGAUGGGUAAUAGCAUCACCAUGGUCGCCACGUCGGCACCGGCGCUAACGGAGCUCGACGUGUCGAACAUGUCGUGCUACGCAGAUGGUCCCGACGCGUGGAUUCCCGACGACGCGCGCGGCACCCUGCGCGUCCUGCGGAUGCUCGGCACCAACGGCGUUGCGCGGGUCCCCGGGGGGCUGAGAUCUCUCGAGUGCUUGACCCUGGACAUGGAUGCCCACGUGGCGCCGCUGGACCCGGACGGGUGGCUGCUGGCAUCGAGCGUAAAGAACCUCCGCGUCCUUCGCGUCAGCGGCACCGGGAUCGUCCGAAUGCCGCCCGACAUGCACCGCUUGGAGGUGUUGGAGGCCACCUACUGCACGAGACUCGAGGAGUCGUGGCUGCCCUCGACCUCGCGCCAACGCAUCCGCGAACUGAAUAUGACUGGCGCGAAGGUGUCGCAGGUGCCCGCAGGGCUUGAGAGCCUCGAAAGCCUCGACGUUUCCCGCUGCAGCCACUUCCAGGCGACUCGGGAGGUGUGGCUGCCUGAGAGCACGGGAUGGUGCCUGACAAAGCUGUGCAUGUGCUCGUCGAGCAUCAAGUCGGUCCCAGACCACCUGCGCGAGCUGCGGCUGCUGAACGCGUCCAUGUGCAAAUGCCUCCACGGGAGCUGGCUUCCGCCGCAAGUCGGACGCCAGCUCCGAGUGUUGCAGCUGAGCCAGACGCACGUCAGGCGGCUGCCAGGCGGGCUGGAAGCCCUCGAGGUGCUCGACGUGUCGCACUGCAGGCAUCUCGACCACACGUGGCUCCCACACGACAGCAGUAGGCGCCUCAUGGUGCUCGAGGCGCACACGACCAACCUCUCGAGACUGCCUGACGACCUGGAACACCUCGAGCAGCUCGAUCUGUCGUGGUGCGAGCUGGCGGAGAACUGGCUGCCGCCGGGCAGCCGCGGGAUGGUCGCGUCGCUGCGCGUGGCGGGCACAUGCGUCGAGCGCGUGCCCCCGGGGCUCGCCAACCUCGCCAGGCUCGACGUGUGCCACUGCAACAAGCUCGAACCUGGGGCCUGGCUCCCACCGUCCAGCGCGGAGCGGCUGCAGAAGGUGUACGCGCACGCCACACCACUCGCGGAGGCGGACGCGCCGGCUCACGUGCAGGUCGUCCGCCAAGACGCCCAGGGGAUUUCGCGGCUGUAG